AUGGUGUUUGUGCGGUGUUUUCGCGCGAAUUCGUUUGCAUAUCGGAUUUACAACUAUCGACAUUACUCUGUCGUUUUCUUCGGAAGUGACGAUUUCUCGACGAACAUUUUGCAGCAUUUGGUCACGUGCUCGUCGGUCUCCUGCAACAAAUCGCCGCCAUUGGUCGUCAGUUCUAAUCCGGGGACUCGCAAACACGGAAAAAAUCUACCCUCAGUAUUGCAACAGUUUGCACAAGCAAAGGGAUUGUCUGUAUUGAAAUGGCAGGGAAAUUCUCAUCUGAUUGCUGCCAUUAGAGGUCGCCAUUUUGAUGUGGGCGUGGUCGCAUCGUUUGGGCGUCGAUUGUCUCUUGAGUUGAUUGACUGUUUUGCAAGAGGAGUGAUCAAUGUUCAUCCCUCGUUGUUGCCUCGAUGGCGAGGAGGAGCACCGAUACAACAUACCAUCUUGUCACGUGACCAACAUACAGGCGUGACUGUUAUGCAACUUGAGACAGAGAAGUAUGACGAAGGUCGAAUACUUACACAGAAAACGUUCGACGUGCACGAAAACGUGACAUUUCGUUUACUGAGCGAGCGACUGGCGACGAUGGGUGGCGAGAUGUUGGUCGACGUUUUAGGUGAUUUGGAUCGGUAUCAGUCACAGGCGUAUCACCAGGACAACAGUAAAUCAACGCAUGCGCAUAAAAUCCCACAACACUGGCAAGAAAUCGAUUUUUUAAAUUCGUUUGACGUUGACUGCAAAUUCAGAGCAUUGGGUGAUCAGUUCGGCGGCCUUGUGUGCAACACGCGUGAUGGUAAUAGAGUCCGUUUCAUCAGCUUGGAAUCAAUUUCCGACGAGUGCCUUCCUCGACUGUUGAUUGAGCAUCUGAGGAAUGGAUCACUUGAUGUGACGGUCGGUAUUGGAUUUAUUCAUCGGAGUUGGCACGGUGUUUAUGUGAAAUGUUGUGAGGGCUGGCUGGUGGUCACCGAACUGAAGAUGGAAUACAAGGACGUGACUAAGGCAAGGGACUUUGCGAAUGCAUACAUGAGGAAAUCGAGCGUGAAUGGUUUGAAAAUGAUUGAAUUUGUACAGAUUUCUUGGCCUAGACCGCGUCAGCCUGCAGUGUGUAGUUUGGUUCUGCAUUGCAGUGCAAGAGCGUUGUCGAGCACUAUGGUUGUCUUCACAAUUAUUGCAGUGAUUACCGCUGUACUCGUUGCUACUGUGGGUGUACUGGCUCUUCUCCUCUCCAACACCAGACGUUCCUACUGGCACAUUCCCCAUCCUCCUCUAGACAACUUCUGGUUGGGCCACGCGUCCACCUUUGAUAGCAAACUGAAAGCUGGGAUUGCGCUUGAUGAGGUUGCGAUGGAAUAUUCGAAGAAGUACGGUGAAGUCGUCGUCCUCUUCUUACUGCACAUGCCGUACGUAAUGGUAAACCUAGAUGAUUCGAAUGCAAUGCGACAACUAGCGAAGAACACGACUCUUGUGAAACCUGACUCCUUUACUUCGCUUCAGUCUCUACACGGCCACAGAUUCUAUGGGAAAUUCAUAGAAGGUGAGACUGAUUUGAAUGUUUGGUUGAAACGCCAGAAAGCGUUUGCGCCGUUCUACAGUAAGAAGAACACGCGUGAGUUGGUUGUGGUAUUUAACAAGUUGAUAGACAAGUACAUAGAGCACAUCGACAAAGAGAGCGAGAAAGGAGAAAUGGUGAGCAUGAAAGCCAUGACGCGUGUCAUUAGCUCAGCAAUUGGUGGUAGCGUCACAUUGGGCAUCGAUAUUGAAACAAUAAUGGAAAUGAAGCCUCUAGAUGACAUUUUCGUACAAGCUCUUGAACUUUAUAUAGAAAUGUUGGCUAAUCCACUAACUCAGUAUCUUCCCAUAUACAGAAGCAAAUGGCAACAAGCUAAAGAGAUCUGUGCUUUUCUUCGAGGAGAAUUUGCUAAGCAUGUAGUGAAAAGGAAGAAGGAAACCUCGGAAACAAACAGCAAUGGUUGGAAGGAUUUUCUUAGUCUUGCAGUAACGGCAACAUAUGCAGACAGAGAAUAUGACGUGGAAGAGGUGGUGGACUUGAUGGCAGAGGCUUUUUCUUUAUCUCAUUUCAGUACAGCUGUUACAAUCAGUCACUGUCUACGAGAGAUACUCAGACAUCCCGAAAUUGAGAAGCGGCUUGUAGAGGAAGUGGAUCAAGUACUCAAGGACAAGCCAUACGUAUCCUUUACUGACAUACAGUCUCUCCACUACCUUGCUUGUGUCUUGAAAGAGACCCUUCGACGUCACAGCACACUUCCCUCUUUGUUACGAAAAAACACAUCUGAUCUAACCAUUGCUGGUUAUGCUAUACCUGUUGGUACCAAUGUUCACAUCAGUCUCUUCUGUAUGCAUCUCAAUGAUAAGUUCUGGCCUGAUCCAAUGAAAUUUGAUCCGGAUCGGUUCUAUUCUCUCACUGGUGACCAUGAGCUUUCUUCUAUCCUUACAUUUGGUAGUGGAAUGCGUGCUUGUCUUGGACGCUCAUUUGCAGAACAGAAGAUGAAAAUGAUCAUAGCUCGUCUCUUUCAAACGUUUACGUUUCAGUUGGAGGAGCAACGCAAGGAAUACGACAAGUAUGAAUCAAUGACAAUACUUCUCCCUCUUAGAGAUCCUGUCAAUUGCAAAAUCAAACGAAGAUUGGUAAAGGAGACUGAUUCGUACUAAUGUGUCAUGAGAGAACUGGCUGGUGACUUACUUGUUCUGACUAAAAUUAGAAUUUGUCUAGCAUUUCCUGAGCCCAAGAUAUAAUAUGACAUAGAUAGAUACCAGCUUGUAGUCAGAAUGAUCUGACUUGGUUAGUUCUUAAUAUUUUUGCUCUGUUGGCAAGUGUGUUUACAAACUAGCAUGACCAUUGCAGUAUGGUUCCUCCUACAUGUCUAAGACCAGCAGGGUUUAGUCAUCUGUGCAUGC